CGCGCGCCACUGCCGCCGCCGCCGCAUCAGUGCCCCGCGCGCCGUCAGCUCCCUCAAACGUACCGCUGCUGCCGCCGCCACCGACGCCACCGACGUUGUCGUCGACGUAUUCGCGCCGCCGCCGCCGCCACCGUUGCUCCAGUUGCAGCGUGCACCGGACGGGUCGUCCACCAUACACCUUACACCAGUCGAAAAGAGUGGAUCGACCACAACAAUAAUAAUAAUAAUAACAAUACACAACGACACAAUAUUAUUUAUACAUUUUUUAGUUAAAAUAUUUCGAUAUUGAUUACGAUAAACGUACAUUGUGCCGUCGCGUUUUAAAUUCGCGAGCUCACCGCUUACAACGCGUAACGUAAUACUGAUUAUUGCAUAUACGCCCACACGUUUAUAGAGAACACGAUAUAGAUCAGUUGCGUAGCCGCUCCACCUUACGGGACAGCGGGAGAUGAAUCUGGUAUCCAGACAGCAGUACGGUCACGUCGUUUCGUCGUCUUCGUCGUCAUCGUCGCGAUCGUACGUCGGCUGUGGCAAGUCGGACGACUCUCACAGCACGGACGAAGAGGCGAUAGUGGACGUAGAACGGCCGGACACGCCACCGCCACAAAUGUCACUGUCAGCCGACGAACACUCGCGCCGCGUUUGCAUCAACGGUGGCCGGCCAGUGGCGGCUGCGUCCGCAGUGGCCAGCGCGGCCGCGCUCACCGCGUGGCUGAAUCCGGCCACGUUCUGGCGGGAUUCCGAUCAGUGGCGCAACGUGCUGGUCAACUAUUACCACAUGAAUAGGGCUGCGGCCGCCCGUUCUGGCCGGGGCCGAGGAGCCGUUGCCACUUAUCGCCCGUCCGCCGUGCCGGCCAUCUGCGGCGUCGGUCCGUCGGCCGGCCGGAAGUCGACGGCGGGGUCGCAGCCGUCACCGCCGACCACCACGUCCACCACGUCUUCCCGUCCGAAGAAACGGUAUAUCUGCACGUACUGUCAGCGCGAGUUCAGCAAGUCGUACAACCUGCUCAUACACGAGCGCACGCACACCGACGAACGGCCUUACCCGUGUGACGUGUGCGGCAAGGCGUUCCGCAGACAGGAUCACUUGAGAGACCACAGGUACAUACACGUCAAGGAAAAACCAUUCAGGUGUCCAGUGUGCGGCAAAGGUUUCUGUCAAUCCAGGACGUUGUCCAGUCAUCGGAGCAACAGGAAUUCUAUGUGUUUGGACACGACUGUUCUACAUCAACAACAACGGGACGCCACCGGCAACGUACGCAGGCCCAAAAUGAUCACAGACUUUUCCAUCAACUCUAUAUUGAACUUGCAGUAAAUCUGCACGUACACAAUAUACAGUUAUAUUGUUUGUUUUCUAACUCCUCGAUUAUUUUGAUCUCAAGUGCGUAUAUUAUGUGACGUUUGAAGAAGGUGAAAGACUAUUUUAUUAUUAUUAUUAUUAUUGAUAUUAUACGUGACUAUCAAUGUAAAAUUGAUUAUUUUAAAUGUUCGGUACAGCACGUAAUAUAAUAUUGUAGAAGUCCGUUAUGUAACGUGGUUUAUAUUUAUUUAUGAUUUAUAUAUAUAUAAUCAAAGAACGAAGAUUUAUUAUAAUUACUAUUUUACCGCUCAUCGAUUCUUCGCCUAAAUAACAUUUUUUUUAUAUAUGUCUAAUCUACAACGCGGUAAAUGUAACACGUCAUUUUAAAAUGACAUUUGCAUAUUAUAAUAUGUAUUAUAUUAUGUAGAUUAUCAGGGCCGGAUCUAGAAUAUUUUUUAUCCGAGACAAACUAUAAAAUUAACGCCCUCUCAUAAUUCAGUCCCCUCUAUUAUGCCACUGUUGUUUGGUAAUUCGGGCCCCCUACCAAGACUUCCUGAGCAAGUUCUCCAGUUCGUCCCCCUUAGAUCCGGCUCUGUAGAUUAUAGAUCCAUAUCAUCCUGUUGUAUAUAAUAUAUAUUAUUAUACCAUAGGUAUUAGGACUAUUAGAACUAUUAGGUAUACCUAUUAAUCUAUUAUUAUUAUAUGUUUACAUUUUUAAGGAUUGAAAGUAUUUAUUUUUUGUUAUUAUUUUACCGCGCAUUACAGAUAAUUUAGAUGUAAAUCCUUGCAGGUUAUAAUCUGUCGAGGCCAUGUAAUAAUUAUUUUGAUUAUUUUUUUUUAAUAUUUUAUCAUAUUGUUCGAUAACGCAAUAAUAUUUUUUGUUUAUUACUAUGACAUUUUGUUUUGAAAUUGUUUUUACCAAAGAUGUUUUGAAAAUAAACUAAUGUACUUUGUAUUAUAAAAUAUACCUAUAUAUAUAUAAAUAUAAAUAUUAUUAUUUUUAUUGAUA